AAAUCCUGAUUAGGGGUCAUGAACAUUUAUUAAGCUACUGUGGUCCAGAGGCUUCUGAUUACUAAGCACUUUCUCCGAGUGCUCCAUAUGCUUUAACGAGUCCUCCCCCCUGCCUUUUAUAGAUGAGGAGACAGGCUUGUUCAGGCCACACAGCCAGGAGCUUGUAGACCAGUUCUGGCUGACAAUCUCACAUGGCCAGGACAGAGGGGUGAGAAUUCCAGGUGGACUGAAAAUUUCUAGCAUUUCAGGAUUUACACAGAAAUCUUACAAUCUGAGUUGUAAGAACUCUCCCCCUCACCCAGCCAUGUCCUCAGCAUGUGAAAAUUCCCUGGGCCAGGGAUCAAAUCCUUGCCGCAGCAGUGAAAACACUACAUUCUUAAACUGCUGUGCCAUAAGGGAAUUCCAAGAAAUCUUAAUAAAAUCUUAAUAAAAUCAAAUAAGUGAGGAAGAGGAGUCUAGUGUCCCUAAGGGAGACUUUUGCCAAUUGGGGUUGAAGAGGGGGUUCUCUUGCUCUGGCCCAGGACCCUGAGUAGGGCUGCAGGGGUGGAGGUAAGGGCCAGGUGGGGUGGGCAUCGGAAUGCUUCUAAGGGUUUCAUUUGCAAGCUCAGGUGCAAUAUGGGCAAACAGCUCUUGCUGAAACAGAUGCUGGCUAACCUAGCCGGCCCUUUGGGGUGCAAUGGGGGUCACCUAGGACUCAGUGGGCUUCCCCAGCGUCCUUGGCCCUGGCCAGCAACCCCAGGAACUCGCUACUCAGAAAACGUUUGGAGGGAGGUCGGAGUGUAGGUUUCUCCUGGCCAAAUAACCACUUCCAGGACUUGUGCUAUUGAAGAGAUGGAAGCCGAGAGAUGGAGAAGCAUCCAGUAAGUAACUUGCCUGCCCUGUAAGAUGAGCAGAGCUCUUGAAUAAUAGAAAUAGAGGCCUCCGUGUCCUGGGGGGCUGGGCUGAUUCCCGGCCCUCUUGCCUCAGGAAGGCUCCAGGCCCUGGGGGCAUCUUUAUGGCCCUACGAGGCUGUGAGGCUAGGGGGUCUCUUUAUGGGGGACUCCCCACAUGCUCCUGGGAGGGGGGCCCUGCCGUGAGGCUAGGUAGGAAACAGAUGGUAAAGGCUCAAUGUCACCUGAUUCUCUAUGAAAGGAGGAGGGGGGCAGGUGAGCAGGGGUUAAGGAGGACAGGCUGCCUCAUUCCCCAUGAAUAAGUCAUGAGCCCAAGGAGAAGCCCAGGGCAGAAGCAGAGGAGGUGGUUGGAGAGAGGGGCCCAGAGAGAGGGGCCGGGACAGGAGGGGCUGAGAUAAAGCACCAAGGUUCUGCUCAAGGACCAGUGAGGAGAGGGGAGCAGGACAGCUCUGUGGGCACACGUGGGCUCUGGCCCACCCAGACGUGUACACGGAGCUCAGGCAGAGAGGGCCUUGGGUCCAAGGAGGCAUGAGAAGGUGGGCACUGUGAGCCAGGGAGUGCAGGGAAGGGGCAGCUGGAAAAAUGAUGCCUCAGAAGAAAAAGAGGAGGAAGAAAGACAUUGACUUCCUAGCCCUGUAUGAGCAGGAGCUGCUGAACUACGCCUCAGAGGACGAUGAGGAGGAGCUGGAGCACGAGUACUACAAGGCCAAAGUGUACGAAGUGGUCACAGCCACAGGGGAUGUGCGUGGGGCAGGGACAGAUGCCAAUGUCUUCAUCACCAUUUUUGGAGAAAAUGGGCUCUCUCCCAAGCUCCAUCUUACCAGCAAGAGCAAAUCUGCCUUUGAAAAGGCCAACGUCGAUGUGUUCCGGGUAAGGACCAACAAUGUGGGCCUCAUCUACAAAAUCAGGAUCGAGCACGACAACACAGGCUUGAAUGCCAGCUGGUACCUGGACCGUGUGAUUGUGACCGACAUGAAGCGGCCUCACCUCCGUUACUACUUCAACUGCAACAACUGGCUGAGUAAUGUGGAGGGUGACCGCCAGUGGUGCCGGGACCUGCUGGCCAGCUUCAACCCCAUGGACAUGCCCAGAGGUAACAAGUACGAAGUCAAGGUCUACACUGGUGACGUCAUUGGGGCAGGGACCGAUGCCGAUGUCUUCAUCAACAUAUUUGGAGAGUACGGAGACACGGGCGAGAGGAGGCUGGAGAAUGAAAAGGACAACUUUGAAAAGGGAGCUGAAGACAAGUUCAUGUUGGAUGCCCCCGAUCUGGGGCAGCUCAUGAAGAUCAAUGUUGGCCACAACAACAAGGGAGGGUCUGCAGGCUGGUUCCUGUCCAAGAUUGUCAUUGAAGAUAUUGGGAACAAAAGAAAGUAUGAUUUCCCUCUUAACCGCUGGCUGGCCUUGGACGAAGACGAUGGCAAAAUCCAAAGGGAUAUCUUAGUGGGCGGAGCUGAGACCACAGCUAUUUCCUAUAUUGUCACUGUCUUCACUGGGGAUAUUCGGGGGGCUGGGACCAAAUCCAAAAUCUACUUGGUCAUGUACGGGGCCAGAGGAAGUAAGAACAGCGGGAAAAUCUUCCUGGAGGGCGGUGUGUUUGACCGUGGGCGCACAGACAUCUUCCACAUCGAGCUGGCCGUCCUCCUCAGCCCCCUGAGCCGGGUCUCCAUCGGACAUGGCAAUGUGGGCGUCAACAGAGGCUGGUACUGCGAGAAGGUGGUGAUUCUGUGCCCUUUCACUGGCAUCCAGCAGACCUUCCCUUGCAGCAAUUGGCUGGAUGAGAAGAAGGCGGAUGGGCUCAUCGAGAGGCAGCUCUAUGAGAUGGUGUCUCUCAGGAAGAAGAGGCUGAAAAAAUUCCCAUGGUCCUUGUGGGUCUGGACGACGGACCUGAAGAAAGCUGGUACCAACUCUCUUAUCUUCAUCCAGAUUUAUGGGCAGAAGGGGCGGACAGAUGAAAUUCUCCUGAAUCCCAACAACAAGUGGUUCAAACCUGGCAUAAUUGAAAAAUUUAGGAUUGAACUCCCAGACCUCGGCAGGUUUUAUAAGAUUCGAGUAUGGCAUGAUAAAAGGAGUCCUGGUUCUGGAUGGCAUUUAGAAAAGAUGACCCUGAUGAACACUCUGACCAAGGACAAGUAUAACUUCAAUUGCAAUCGCUGGCUCAAUGCCAAUGAGGAUGACAAUGAGAUUGUUAGGGAAAUGACCGCUGAGGGCCCGACAGUACGGAGGAUAAUGAGCAUGGCCCGGUACCGCGUGACUGUGUGCACAGGGGAACUUGAAGGUGCAGGAACUGAUGCCAACGUCUAUCUCUGCCUUUUUGGUGAUGCGGGGGACACGGGGGAGCGGCUGCUCUACAACUGCAGGAAUAACACCGACCUGUUUGAGAAGGGCAAUGCCGAUGAGUUCACCAUUGAGUCUGUCACCUUGCGGAAGGUGAGGCGGGUGAGGAUCAGACACGAUGGCAAAGGCAGCGGCAGCGGCUGGUUCCUGGAGCGGGUGCUGGUGAGAGAGGAGGGGCAGCCUGAGAGUGACAACGUGGAGUUCCCGUGUCUCAGGUGGCUGGACAAGGAUAAAGAUGAUGGGCAGUUGGUCCGAGAGUUGUUGCCCAGCGACAGCAACGCAACCCUGAAGAACUUCCGCUAUCACAUCAGCUUGAAGACGGCGGACGUCCCUGGGGCCAGCACAGAUUCCCGAGUCUACAUCAAGCUCUAUGGGGACAAAUCUGACACCAUCAAGCAAGUUCUUCUUGUCUCUGACAACAACCUGAAAGACUAUUUUGAACGUGGCCGGGUGGACGAGUUCACCCUGGAGACCCUGAACAUCGGAACCAUCAACCGGUUGGUGAUCGGGCACGACAGCACAGGCCUGCACGCCAGCUGGUUCCUGGGCAGCGUCCAGAUCCGCGUGCCUCGCCAAGGCAAGCAGUACACCUUCCCUGCCAACCGCUGGCUGGACAAGGAUCAGGCAGAUGGGCGCCUGGAGGUGGAGCUCUACCCCAGCGAGGUCAUAGACAUCCAGAAAUUGAUCCACUACGAAGUUGAGGUUUGGACGGGGGAUGUGGGCGGUGCAGGCACCACUGCCCGAGUCUACAUGCAGAUCUACGGCGAGGAAGGCAAGACAGAAGUGCUCUUCCUCUCCAGCCGCUCGAAAGUGUUUGAUCGGGCCUCCAAGGACAUAUUCCAGCUGGAGGCAGCAGAUGUGGGCCCGGUCUUCAAGAUCCGGCUGGGCCAUACCGGCGAGGGCUUUGGGCCCAGCUGGUUUGUGGACACCGUGUGGCUGCGGCACAUGGCAGUGCGGGAGGCAGACCUGACGCCUGAGGAGGAGGCGCGGAAGAAGAAGGAGAAGGACAAGCUGCGGCAGCUGCUCAGGAAGGAGCGUCUGAAGGCCAAGCUGCAGAGGAAGAAGAAAAAGAAGAAGAAGGGCAGCGACGAGGAGGACGAGAGGGACGAGGAUGAGGAAUCCUCAUCGGAAGAGUCCUCGUCGGAGGAGGAGGAGGAGGAGACUGAGGAGGAGGAGGAUGAGGAGGAGUUCGGGCCGGGGAUGCAGGAGGUGAUCGAGGAGUACAAAUUCGACGCCCACCGCUGGCUGGCCCGGGGCAAGGAGGACAAUGAACUUGUGGUGGAGCUGGUGCCUGCGGGCCGAGAGGGUCCGGAGCCCAACAUCUACGAGGUCCAGGUGAUCACAGGCAAUGUGCCCAAGGCUGGCACUGAUGCCAAUGUCUUCCUGACCAUCUAUGGUGAAGAAUACGGGGACACGGGCGAGCGGCCCCUGAAGAAGUCGGACAAGUCCAACAAGUUUGAACAGGGGCAGACGGACACCUUCACCGUCUAUGCCAUUGACCUGGGGGCCCUGACCAAGAUUCGGAUUCGCCAUGACAACUCAGGCAACAGACCAGGCUGGUUCCUGGACAGGAUAGACAUCACGGACAUGAACAAUGAGAUCACGUACUACUUCCCAUGUCAACGCUGGCUGGCAGUGGAGGAGGAUGACGGCCAGCUGUCCAGGGAGCUGUUACCAGUGGAUGAGUCCUAUGUGCUGUCACCAAGCGAGGAUGAGGAGGGUGGGGGAGGUGGUGACAACAACCCCCUCAACAACCUGGCCCUGGAGCAGAAAGAUAAAUCUACAACAUUCUCAGUGACCAUAAAGACUGGGGACAAGAAGAAUGCGGGCACUGAUGCCAAUGUCUUCAUCACACUCUUUGGCACUCAAGACGACACUGGAAUGACCCUCCUGAAAUCCUCCAAGACCAAUAGUGACAAGUUUGAGAGGGACAGCAUUGAAAUCUUCACAGUGGAGACCCUGGACCUGGGAGAUCUGUGGAAAGUCAGAAUCGGCCAUGACAACACAGGCAAGGGUCCAGGCUGGUUUGUAGACUGGGUAGAGGUGGACGCCCCAUCUCUUGGAAAGUGCAUGACGUUCCCCUGCGGCCGCUGGCUGGCUAAGAAUGAAGAUGAUGGGGCCAUCGUCAGGGACCUCUUCCACGCAGAACUUCAGACAAGACUGUACACACCAUUUGUCCCUUAUGAGAUCACCCUCUAUACUAGCGAUGUCUUUGCCGCUGGAACAGACUCCAACAUCUUCAUCGUCAUCUAUGGCUGCGAUGCUGUGUGCACCCAGCAGAAGUACCUGUGCACCAACAAGAGGGAGCAGAAGCUGUUUUUUGAGAGGAAGUCCGCCUCCCGUUUUAUAGUGGAGUUAGAAGAUGUAGGAGAAAUCAUUGAAAAAAUUCGGAUUGGCCAUGAUAAUACAGGCAUGAAUCCUGGUUGGCACUGCUCCCACGUGGACAUCCGCAGGCUCCUUCCAGAUAAAGAUGGCACAGAGACCUUGACUUUCCCUUGUGAUCGAUGGCUUGCCACAUCUGAGGAUGACAAGAAGACCAUUCGGGAGCUGGUCCCUUAUGACAUCUUCACUGAGAAAUACAUGAAAGAUGGGUCCUUGAGGCAAGUCUACAAGGAGGUGGAGGAGCCUCUGGACAUUGUGCUGUACUCGGUGCAGAUCUUCACAGGAAACGUUCCCGGGGCAGGGACAGACGCCAAGGUCUACAUCACCAUCUAUGGAGACCUCGGGGACACUGGGGAGCGGUACCUUGGCAAGUCAGAGAACCGCACCAACAAAUUUGAGAGAGGAACGGCAGAUACCUUCAUCAUCGAGGCUGCUGACCUGGGCGUCAUCUACAAGAUCAAGCUUCGCCACGACAACACCAAAUGGUGUGCAGACUGGUAUGUAGAGAAGGUAGAGAUCUGGAAUGACACCAAUGAGGACGAAUUCCUGUUCCUGUGUGGACGCUGGCUGUCCUUGAAGAAGGAGGAUGGGCGGCUGGAGAGGCUCUUUUAUGAGAAGGAGUACAGCGGGGACCGGAGCAGCAACUGCAGCAGCCCUGCUGACUUCUGGGAGAUCGCCCUGAGCUCCAAGAUGGCAGACAUCGACGUCGCCAUGGUGACGGGGCCCAUGGCCGACUAUGUUCAGGAGGGCCCGGUUAUUCCCUACUAUGUGUCAGUCACCACGGGGAAGCACAAGGAUGCAGCCACUGACAGCCGAGCCUUCAUCUUACUCAUCGGGGAGGAUGACGAGCGCAGUAACCGCAUCUGGCUGGACUAUCCCCAAGGGAAGAAGGGCUUCAGCUGUGGCUCCGUGGAGGAGUUCUAUGUUGCAGGCUUGGAUGUGGGCGUCAUCAAGAAAAUAGAGGUGCUCUAUGAAAUGACGGUGUGGACAGGUGACGUGGUUGGUGGUGGCACAGACUCCAACAUCUUUAUGACCCUCUAUGGCAUCAACGGCAGCACAGAGGAAGUGCAGCUAGACAAAAAGAAGGCCAGAUUUGAGCGGGAACAGAAUGACACCUUCAUCAUGGAGAUUCUGGACAUUGCUCCAUUCACCAAGAUGCGGAUCCGAAUUGAUGGCCUGGGCAACCGGCCCGAGUGGUUUCUAGAGAGGAUCCUCCUGAAGAACAUGAACACAGGAGACCUGACCAUGUUCUACUACGGAGACUGGCUGUCCCAGCGGAAGGGCAAGAAGACCUUGGUGUGUGAGAUGUGUGCCGUCAUCGACGAGGAGGAGAUGAUGGAGUGGACUUCCUACACCGUUUCAGUGAAGACCAGUGACAUCCUGGGAGCGGGCACCGAUGCCAACGUGUUCAUCAUCAUCUUUGGAGAGAAUGGAGACAGCGGGACGCUGGCCCUGAAACAGUCGGCCAACUGGAAUAAGUUCGAACGGAACAACACUGACACAUUCAACUUUCCUGACAUGCUGAGCCUGGGCCACCUCUGCAAGCUGAGGGUCUGGCAUGACAACAAAGGGAUAUUUCCUGGUUGGCACCUGAGCUAUGUCGACGUGAAGGACAACUCCCGAGAUGAGACCUUCCACUUCCAAUGUGACUGCUGGCUCUCCAAGAGUGUGGGUGAUGGACAGACAGUCCGUGACUUUGCCUGUGCCAACAAUGAGAUCCAUGAUGAGCUGGAGGAGACCACCUACGAGAUCGUCAUAGAAACUGGCAAUGGAGGUGAAACCAGGGAGAACGUCUGGCUCAUCCUGGAGGGCAGGAAAAACCGAUCCAAGGAGUUUCUGGUGGAAAAUUCUUCUAGACAGCGGGCCUUUAGGAAGGGGACCACAGACACAUUUGAGUUUGACAGCAUCUACCUCGGGGACAUUGCCUCCCUCUGCGUGGGCCACCUCGCCAGGGAGGACCGAUUCAUCCCCAAGAGAGAGCUGGUCUGGCAUGUCAAGACCAUCACCAUCACCGAGAUGGAGUACGGCAACGUGUACUUCUUUAACUGCGACUGCCUCAUCCCCCUCAAGAGGAAGCGGAAGUACUUCAAGGUUUUCGAGGUCACCAAGACGACAGAGAGCUUUGCCAGCAAGGUCCAAAGCCUGGUACCAGUCAAGUACGAGGUCAUUGUGACGACGGGCUAUGAGCCGGGGGCGGGCACCGACGCCAACGUCUUUGUGACCAUCUUUGGGGCCAAUGGUGACACGGGCAAGCGGGAGCUGAAGCAGAAGAUGCGCAACCUAUUUGAGCGGGGCAGCACCGACCGCUUCUUCCUGGAGACGCUGGAGCUGGGCGAGCUGCGCAAGGUGCGGCUGGAGCACGAUAGCAGUGGAUACUGCUCGGGCUGGCUGGUGGACAAGGUGGAGGUCACCAACACCAGCACCGGGGUGGCCACCAUCUUCACCUGCGGCAGGUGGCUGGACAAGAAGCGCGGCGACGGGCUCACCUGGAGAGACCUCUUCCCUUCUGUCUGAGGGCCAGAGGCCCCCUUCGCUCUCCCACCACUUUGUCUCAACCACACUUGCCAUCUCAGUCCAUCCUCGAAAGCCUCCUGGAGCUGGGAUGGGGCUGGGGCCCCAGGGCUCCAUCCAUAGCCCUUUAGAGGCCACUGUGGGCACACACCUGUGUGGUCCUGCCCUGUCCCACACCUCCUGGAUCUACAGGAAUCCACCAACAUGUGCAUAAUUCGUGGCUGCACAAAAAUAACUUUUUGCAUUUUCUCUUUCCAUAACAGUGGUGACUAGGCUGAGACUUGCUGCCAGGCAUGGAUGGGAAAUUGGGGCUUCACCCAGGGGAUAGAAGUGGGGAAGAAGAGGCCAUCAAGAUGAUGUAUUUUAAGCAAAAACUAAUUAACACUUUUUUCCCAAAAAAGCUGGGCUAAUUAAAUUAUUACCAACCACACUCGGCAAAGAACUCAUCUUGGCAUCUGCUCACUUAGAAAUGCAUCCUUUUUCCCAGUUUCAAUAACUCCUGGUGGCAGAGGGAGAAAAACAUCAAGAGGAAGAGUUUCAGCUGUGGGGGGAACUUAGGAGUCUGUGAAAAGGUACAUGAUUCUUUCCAUCACUUUACAAAGAACACAUUGCCAAGUGCCCCCCCCCCGCCAGCUGCCCCAGCCA